UUCGGGGAUGGCCUUUUUAUCAAUCGUCUUCCAGAAAAGGAACGAGAUUGCGAUCACAGAGUGUCAAAGCAAUCUCCUUUUUUCUCAUCUCAGAUUCGAAGGUUCUCUGUAACGGAGAAGAUUUGAAGCUUCGUAGGUGGUUAAACUUUUCGAUGGCAGAUUAUCAUUUUGUGUACAAGGACGUUGAAGGAGCGUCGACUCAAUGGGACGAUAUCCAGCGGAAAUUGGGGAAUCUACCGGAGAAGGCUCCGGCUUUCAAACCGCCAGCUUAUACUCCGGCGGAAGACGAGUCUUCAGCUCCUAAGGAUCAGGCAUGGUUUGAUAAGAAGACAGAGGAAGAGCUUGAGGAUCUUGAGGACGACAAAGAUCUCGACGAUGAUCGCUUUCUCGAAGAAUACAGGAAGAAGAGGUUGUCUGAGCUAAGAGAAGCUGCUAAAGUUAAAAGAUAUGGUACAGUGACUCCAAUCUCGGGAUCUGAUUUCGUGCGGGAGGUUACGCAAGCUUCUGCUGAAGACUGGGUUGUUGUAUGCCUCUACAAAGAUGGUUUUGCAGAGUGUGGUUUGCUAUUGGGUUGUCUAGACGAAUUGGGUAGUAGAUAUCCAGCAACAAAGUUCGUUAAGAUAAUAUCUACUGAUUGUAUCCCGAACUACCCUGAUUGCAAUCUUCCUACCUUGCUGGUGUACCACCAUGGCGCCAUUAAAGGAACUCAUGUAGGCUUGAAGAGCUUUGGCCGUAGGUGCACCCCAGAGAGUGUAGCCUUACUUCUGUGUCAAUCAGAGCCAGUUCUUAACGAUGGCAAAGGAGGAGACGAUGACUCCUCGAGGGAAGCUGUGAUGGCUGGAGUUCGAAGACAGUUCAUAGAACGAGUGGUGAAGGACCAUGAAGAUAAGGAUAACGAUGAUGGUGGUUACAGUAGCGAUUAGAACUUCAAAGCUUCUCUGUUUAUCACUGUUGGUUAUUGCUUGUUGAGUUGGUGACUGCUAAACAAAAAUGCUGACUUCAUGUGUGAUGUAAUGUUUUUUUAACAUUUUGUAACUUAUGCUCGUUUUAAAAGAGACAGGAACUUCAUUUUGUUUUUUGAUAUCCAGGUAUCACAUGCCGAAUUUUAGUGCUGGAUCUAAGACUCUGAAUCCAUGUAAGUUUAAAAUAGGCUCUGUUUUGGACAAAGUAAUAAUCAAUUUGGAGAAUCUCAAAUCAA